UUCGUCAAUCACGCCCUGGAGCUGCUCGUCAUCCGCAACUACGGCCCCGCCGUCUGGGAGGACAUCAAGAAGGAGGCACAGCUGGAUGAAGAAGGACAGUUUCUUGUCAGAAUAAUUUACGAUGAUUCCAAAACCUAUGAUCUGGUUGCAGCUGCAAGCAAGGUCCUUAAUCUAAAUGCCGGGGAAAUUCUUCAAAUGUUUGGGAAGAUGUUUUUUGUGUUUUGUCAAGAAUCUGGUUAUGAUACAAUUCUACGUGUCUUGGGCUCAAAUGUCAGAGAGUUUUUGCAGAACCUGGAUGCUUUGCAUGACCACCUUGCUACUAUUUACCCAGGUAUGCGAGCCCCUUCCUUUAGAUGCACUGAUGCGGAGAAGGGGAAGGGACUCAUUCUGCAUUACUACUCGGAAAGAGAAGGUCUCCAGGACAUUGUCAUUGGAAUCAUCAAAACAGUAGCUCAACAGAUCCACGGUACAGAAAUAGAUAUGAAGGUUAUUCAACAGAGAAAUGAGGAAUGUGACCACAUUCAGUUUUUAAUUGAAGAGAAGGAGUCUAAAGAAGAAGACUACUAUGAAGACCUUGACAGAUUUGAAGAAAAUGGUACCCAAGAGUCUCGCAUCAGUCCCUAUACUUUCUGCAAGGCCUUUCCUUUCCACAUAAUAUUUGACAGAGAUCUGGUGGUCACACAGUGUGGCAAUGCUAUAUACAGAGUCCUUCCACAGCUGCAGCCAGGAAAUUGCAGUCUGUUGUCAGUUUUCUCCUUGGUCCGGCCUCAUAUUGAUACUAGUUUCCAUGGGAUCCUCUCACAUAUCAAUACAGUCUUUGUACUGAGGACCAAGGAGGGGCUGUUGGAUGUGGAAAAGCUGGAAUGUGAAGAUGAACUGACUGGCACAGAAAUCAGCUGCUUACGCCUGAAAGGGCAAAUGAUCUACUUGCCUGAAGCAGACAGCAUUCUCUUUCUUUGUUCACCAAGUGUGAUGAACUUGGAUGAUUUAACCAGAAGAGGUUUAUAUCUGAGUGAUAUUCCAUUGCAUGAUGCUACCCGUGAUCUGGUUCUUUUGGGAGAGCAGUUCAGAGAGGAAUAUAAACUGACUCAAGAGCUUGAGAUCCUCACUGACAGACUGCAGCACACGCUGCGUGCACUGGAAGAUGAAAAGAAAAAGACAGACACAUUACUGUACUCUGUUCUACCACCAUCAGUGGCAAAUGAGCUGAGACACAAGCGUCCUGUUCCAGCUAAGCGGUAUGACAAUGUGACCAUUCUUUUCAGUGGCAUUGUUGGAUUCAAUGCCUUCUGUAGUAAACAUGCCUCUGGAGAGGGAGCCAUGAAGAUUGUUAAUCUUUUAAAUGAUCUUUACACGAGAUUUGAUAUUCUGACUGAUUCACGAAGGAAUCCAUUUGUUUACAAGGUGGAAACAGUUGGGGACAAGUAUAUGACAGUGAGUGGUCUACCAGAGCCUUGCAUUCAUCAUGCACGAUCUAUCUGCCACCUGGCAUUGGAUAUGAUGGAAAUAGCAGGCCAAGUUCAAGUAGAUGGUGAGCCUGUACAGAUAACAAUAGGAAUCCAUACUGGUGAGGUAGUCACAGGUGUCAUAGGCCAAAGGAUGCCACGUUACUGUCUCUUUGGAAAUACCGUCAAUCUAACGAGCAGAACAGAAACUACUGGAGAAAAGGGAAAGAUAAAUGUCUCUGAAUAUACUUACAGGUGUCUUAUGACACCAGAAAAUUCAGAUCCUCAGUUCCACCUGGAGUACAGGGGUCCAGUUUCUAUGAAGGGUAAAAAAGAACCAAUGCAGGUUUGGUUUUUGUCCAGAAAGAGUACAGAGACAGAGGAAACAAAGCAAGAUGCUUUCUGAGCUGAGGGAAGAGGAAGAGGACGCUGGAUAGGGUGCAAUACUGUCUCCAAAUAGGGUGCCAGGCAGUAAGGUUGAGUUAUGGAUGUUAUUUCACGUCAUAUCUCCCAUUGCUGUGUGCAGUACCAUUGCCUUUUGCCCUACUCCUGAAAUCAUACUCACCAUUUUUCUCGAGGCUUGCUUGCUAUUUUUUUUUCCUUAAUGUUUGGUAUUGUUAUAUCUCUGCUAUAAGCAUGUAUUUCAAGCUUUCCUUUUUUUGAUAUGCAUUUUUGCACGUCAGUCAUGUGGCCCUUCCUACCACCAGGUAAUACUGAAUAAAAUUUUGUAGUAUGCACACCACAACUAAUCACUGCAAUCUGAUGCUUCACAUCUUCAUCUUCAUCUCUGAAGUAUAGUGGUUACGUGAAUCAGUGACAUUUCUGGAAAGACAGGUAUUUCAGUUGUUGGGCAGAGCAAUGAACCUAAAGAGCUGUUUUUAAAAAUAAUACCUAAAGCAGCAUUAUGGAAAUUAUUGUAUAAAUGUUGUUUAUCAGAUUUAGUUCUGCUAUUACCAUGCUUCCCAUUCAUUUUGUGAAUAACACUUGAUGCACUGUAAAUUCCUGGUUAGAAAAAGGUUCCCAUUUUGAUAUCAUCCUGCGUUUUCCCUUUGUAGACACUAUGUAAACAUUUUCUAUAUUGAAAGGGGGCAGUUGUUUGUCUGAUACUGCCAUUUGAAGCAUGUGCCAAUGUACGUCUACUAAAAUGCUGUUCACUUGCAAUGUAUUUCUCAUUGAUUUAUACUAACUAAAUUAAGUUGUCAUGUUAAUAAUAGAUUGCCGGACAAUUUUAGACCACCUGUAGUGCUUUGAUUCUUUUCUGAUGGAGCCCCCAGAAUUGAAAGGCAUGCUGCCGGGACAUGGUUGUCAUGGUUGCCUUUUGGUUUGGUCUCUCUAAUUUUUAGAAAUGAUCUUAUUUUAUUACUUGGGAGGACCUGAUAGUAUUCUAGGCAUCAUGGCAUAAUUAAGAUAUGUCCCUUGUAAGGGGACAUAGUGUCUUUUGUCAGCUGAUACAGUUAGUAAAAGUGGACAAGGUUUCAGAUGCGUAGACCUUCCAUAACUUCAACAUACAGUGCAUUUUUAUGUGAAUAAUAUCUGUUCUUAUCUGACUCAUAAUUUCUGAAUAUUUGCAUUAUAAAAUAGGAUAGUGCAAUUACUUUGUGUAUAAAAAUUGUCUAUAUCUAGUAUACCUUAUCAGCACAGAAUAUAUAUGUAUAAAUGUUUCAUGUUAAUGUGCAAAAGAAAUUGCAAUAAAUUAUUUUUUCCACUGA